CAAGCAUGGACGAGAACUGGUUCGGGUGGGCACCCGAUUCAAGCGCUGAAUACUACGACAAUGGCGCGGGCGGUAGCAGAUCAACAUCUCCCAAUCGAAUGAAACUGAAAUCGAAGAGUAAGAUUUCGAAAAAGAUGCUAAUGGAGCAAAUGGUAGCACUCAAAAACCAGUUAUAUUUCGUUAGAAAAGAAAAAGACCAAUUACUGCUUAACAAAGAAAACGCAGGAAAUAAUCAAACAAGACAAAUGGAUACGUGUCAACAACAGGCAUCUGGCAACGAGUCCCUGUUAGCCACCAUGAACCACAUGUCACUCGGAUCGUUAAAUAUCCCGGAAUGCAGCCCAUCUGAAGGAGAAAUCGAUAUUGACAAGAAGGCAUAUGAACAUUGGAAGGAGGUUGUAACAGCAUCGUUUAAUCUGGUCCAAGCGACGGAUGAAAGUGCGAAGAUGAACAUUUUUAGAAUUAAAGCUGGGACGAAACUCUUGGAAGUGAUGCAGGGAACAUCGACCGCUAUAGAUAUGCCUCCGGAGAUUACACAUCCGUUCUCUAACGCAAUUGCUCGGUUAGAUCGAUUCUUUGGGUCAAGGACUUACAUUAUUGGACAACGAGGCAAAUUGAUGAACACUAUACAACUCCAAGGAGAAUCAAGCAUUUCUUUCGUCCGUCGGGUAGCAGCGGCAGCUAGGCUUUGUGACUACAGAAACGAGGAGGAAAUGGAAGCUAUAGUUCGAACUAUUGUUAAAGGGACAAGCGAUAGUCGUGUGCGCGUGUUAGCUCAACGAAACUGGGUAAACCAAGGCGACAUGAAUAGCCUAAUUACUAUGGUACGAGACCGAGAGAUGGAGAUUUUCAAUGAGGAAGAAUACCAGAAACUAAAUCGACAAAGCAUCGCUGCAGUAACUGCAGCACCGCAAGGCACAACUCAACGAUUCCAGUUACGACGUGGAACCGGAUCAAGAUAUCAGGGAUAUCAUCGCGGAAAAGGUUCCUCUUAUCAUCGUUAUCAGGCUCUCCGUGCAAGUUCACCCAGAAAUGCUUGUUGGCGAUGCGCCAGCAUGUACCAUGGUCCAGCAGAUUGUCCAAAUCUGGAUAAGGUGUGCCAUAAUUGUAACCGACGUGGUCAUUUAGCUCGAGCUUGUUCAGCUCAGUCCCGACAAGGAAGCGGUCAAAAGCGAAUACACGAUGGAACGGAAGAAGAAGAGCCGAGAGCUAAGAUCGCAGCAAUUACUCAAAAUGGGAAAGAUAAUGAAGAAAAGGUACAUAAUGUGGUUGAAUUAGAAUAA